AUGACCAAGAAGCGCAAGCGCACCUCUGUCGCCUCCUUCGUCUCUCAGCUCGAUCCCACCUCUCCUCGCAAGCACAACCUCUCCGCCUACCAUCCGGACCUCGACUUCUCCACUUUCUCCCCGUCCUCCCUGGCCCUCUACACCUCUCUCCUCCCACACUGCCUCGUCCACCCGUCCAGCUUCCCACCCAAACUGCUCAAGUACUGGUAUCAGCGGUAUACGCUCUUCACGCUCUACGCCGCCGGCUGCCUGCUCGACGCCGAGUCGUGGUUCAGCGUCACCCCCGAAAGUGUCGCCUUCCGCAUCGCAAAGCGGUGUGCGUGCGACGGCACCGUCGUCGAUCUCUUUGCGGGCGCAGGGGGAAAUGCGAUCCAGCUCGCCAUGACGUGUGGGAAGGUCAUCGCGGUCGAGAUGGACGAGACACGGUUGAAGCUGGCCAGGUGGAACGCGAGCGUGUAUGGCGUCGAGGAGAGGAUCGCGUUUGUGCGCGGGGAUAGUUUGGAAUUGAUGAAGACGCUGCGGAGGUGGAGGGAGAAAGGUGGGGAAGAGGAGGGGCAGGAGGAGGUGUGGAAUGGACUCAAGGCGUCCGAGCUUAAGGCUGUGGAGGCGGUCUUCCUGUCGCCACCGUGGGGAGGCGUCGAUUAUGCUCAAUCGUCACAAAGGGAACAUCUCGGCACUUCCAAGGCAAGAGAGGGCGAGUACGACCUGUCCUCCGUUCAGCCCAUCCAUGGCGCCGACCUCUUCCACCAAGUACAUAAGGCCUUCAACACGAGCAACAUCGCCUACUACCUCCCCCGCAACACCUCCCUUCAACAGCUCUCCGACCUCACCACCUCCCUCGACCCACCACAACCCCCCGUCAGGAUCGAAUACCAGUACGUCAAUCACGGCACCAAACUCUCCAGUCUCACAGCGUACUACGGUGCACUCGCAGCAGAGUGGGACGACGAACUUGACGAUUGGCGCAAGACUCCAACAACAGCAUAG